AAUAAGGGUCUCUCACUGGCCUGGAAUUUGCCAAGAGGCCAGCCCAGCUCGUCCUUGGUCGCCUCACCUUGGCCUCCCCAGCUCCAGGAUUGCCGGCAUCCACGACUACACCUGGCUUUUUUUUUUCCUGUGGGUUUUGGGGAGGUCGAACUCAGGUCCUUGUGCUUGCAAGGUAUGCACGUCACCAACCAGCCAUCACUCUGCCCCAUCUCUCGUCUUUUACAGAAAAAGUACCAUUUCUUUUACUGCCCGGACACAGGAUGGGCCGAGGGGGCCGAGGACUCUGACUUUGAGGGUUGGGCCUUCCCCUUCCCAGGAGUGACACUGAUAAAGGACUUUGUAACCCCAGAGGAGGAGGCUGAGAUGGUGCGUCUGAUGGACAGUGACCCCUGGAAGCUCUCUCAGUCCGGGAGAAGGAAACAGGACUAUGGUCCGAAGGUUAAUUUUCGGAAGCAGAAGCUGAAGAUGGCGGACUUCCACGGUCUCCCCAGCUUCAGCCAGAAGGUGGUCCAGAGAAUGGGCCUUUACUCGGGGCUGGAGGACUUCCGGCCUGUGGAACAGUGUAACCUGGAUUAUAGCCCCGAGCGGGGCUCCGCCAUCGACCCUCACCUGGAUGACGCCUGGCUGUGGGGCGAGCGGCUGGUGAGCCUCAACCUCCUGUCGGCCACAGUGGUGUCCAUGUGCCGUGAGGCCCCCGGCAGCCUGCUGCUCUGCGCAGCCCCCUUCAUCGGACCUGAUCCUUCCGAGGGCGGCAGCAUCACGGCCCCUAGCAGAACUGUCCCCUGCCAGGAGGUGGAGGUAGCCAUCUCUGUACCCUGCCGCUCCCUGCUGGUGCUCACAGGGGCUGCACGGCACCAGUGGACACACGCCAUCCACCGAAGACACAUCAAGGCCCGGCGUGUCUGUGCCACCUUCAGGGAGCUAUCCAGUGAGUUCCUGCCCGGAGGGAAACAGCAAGAACUGGGGCUGGAGCUGCUGCAGGCCGCGCUGUCCUUCCAAGGGAGGCCGGUGUGAAUGCCUCCCACGGCAGGAGCUGGCACGGGCCUGGCUA